CUAUUACCCGCCCGAAGACGACCCUGUAACCCUGAGAGGUAAGAAACCACUCAGUCUUUGUGUUCUGUGGUGGUGAAAAGAUCGGCUGAGUCAAUAGAAAUGGCAACUAUGACUGCGUUGUUUGUCCUUGCGUUAGGACUGGUGCUGGGUGCCUCUGCACAAUACGAAAGCCACGCCAGAAUCCCAGAACCGGGGGUUCUUCUUCCCGUGACGGAGACCGUGACGAGGACGGACACGGUGACGCACACGUUCCGCGUGACGACGACGAGCGACAUCUGGGUGACGGAGAGCACCUUCGUGGAGCUCCCCGUGACGGUGUAUACGACGGAUCGCGACUACGUGCCCGAGGUGCCCAGGACGGUGACCUCGGUGCUCAAGGUUACCACCACACCGGUUUUCGUAAAAACUGCCGAGGAAUUCGUGAACCCUUCCCGCACCUUCGUUUCCGUCUACACCAGCUUCGUGACCACCACCGAGACCGUUAAAUUCUGGCAGAGCAUCUAUCACGUCUAUACCGACUACCAGGUAACGACUGUACCAGUUUGGACUACACAAGAACUUGUCCAGCACGUAGUCACCACCACGACCCAUUUCGUCACCAACCUUGUUACUUCUACGAAAUUUUACGGUCAUUAAAGACGCACAAUAAAUAAACGUUGCUCCUUAA